UCCUAACUGAACAGGAAAUACGUUUCAGUCUAUCAUAAUGAUGUGAACAGUCCUUGCUUUAUGCCAAUCAAUUUUGUGCGCAAUAAGGGUUAAUGAUAUAAGUACGGUUUAUAAACUAACAAAAUAGUUUGAGAGCUGAGUAUACGCAAAUAGACAUAUGGAUAGAAUUUCCAAAUAUAUACAUACACAAGACAAUGUAUUUAACUCAGACAGUUAAAGCUCGACUAAUUUAAAAUUAUCAGGGGGUCAGUUGACAGUGCGUUUGGCUAACGGGACUCCGUCGGCAGGACGCCUGGAGGUGUUGUACAACGGGCAAUGGGGUACAGUGUGUGACGAUGAAUUUGAUAAAAACGAUGGUCAGGUGGCAUGUAGGAUGCUGGGAUUUUACAGUCCCGGAGUAUUAGUUGUGGACUCCUCUGUAUUUGGAGCAGGUUCAGGUCAGAUUUGGCUCGACGACCUGGCGUGUAGGGGUACAGAAGCCAGUCUGGAGGAGUGUUAUCACAAGGAGUACUAUACUCACGACUGUGAGCACAGAGAAGAUGUUGGUGUCGUCUGCAAUAAUUCAGUCCAGCUGACAGCUCGUUUAUCUAACGGGACGUGGUGGGCGGGACGCCUCGAGGUGUUCUACAACGGUGUGUGGAGUACAGUGUGUGACAAUUACUUUGAUGAAAACGACGCUCGGGUGGCCUGUAGGAUGCUGGGAUUUGACAGUCCGGAGGCACUGUUUGUGGGCUCUGUAAUGUACGGAGCAGGUUCAGGAAACAUUUUACUGUCCGACUUGGCGUGUACGGGUACAGAAACCAUUUUGGCACAGUGUAGGCACAGUGGGUACAAUAACCACAACUGUAACCAUGGAAAAGAUGUCGGUGUCGUCUGCACCGUCCUUUCUAGUCAACUUCGUCUAGCGGGUACCCGGCUCACAAGACAGGAUAUGGGUCGUGUGGAAAUAUUAUUUGGGGCUGCAUGGACUACUCCUUGUGUCAGUACCUUCAGCAGUAGCCUUGCAAACGUCCUUUGCAGACAGAUGAAUUAUCCCUCAAAAGCAGCAACUGCUGUGGAGUCAUCAUCCUUUGGACCGAGGACAGGACGUUUCCUUGUCGCUGGUAUUGUGUGCACGGGCAUGGAGUCCAACAUACUGGGCUGUUUCCAGACAGUUACUGGCUUCAGUGAUACCUGCUCUUCACCUGAGCUUGGAGUAAUCUGCAGUGAUUCAAAAUCCUCUCUUUUCAUCGUUGUGGAGACAAAGUCUACCAGCCUUGCCUACCCACUGAUGGAGGCAACCAAUGUUACACUGAAAUGCGUCUCCUCACAGCGAGGUCUGUCACAUCUGAACUUCUCUUGGCCAGAGACUGCAGGUGGUCGUCCUUCUGGUGAAUAUCUUAUCUUUGACAACCUGACCAGAUCACACAAUGGAGGCAGAGUGAGGUGUAUGGCCAGCUAUGGACAGCCUCCGAGAACUCAAAUUGCUACGAGUGACACAUUGGCAAUGGAUGUAUAUUAUCGCCCUGUGGUUAGAAUAAAAUGGGAAGGAAACACGUGUGAACCUCUGGAGUCCAGUCCAAGUCGCUGUGUUGUCAGUCAAUACCAGCAAGUCAUUCUUUACUGUGAGGCUGACAGCAACCCUCCUCCUGCUUCUGUAAGAUGGUCUGGACUGGCUAACAGUGCAACCGGACAGUUACAAAUAUCCUCUGCAAAUAAGACCAAUCACAAUGGUCGAUACUUCUGUAUUGUGUCUUCUGAGUCAGUGUCCAGUGAUGGCCGUCUGCCUCUAAGUUCAACAUACAGCUUUGAAGUCAUUGUAAAAUACCGAGCCCACGUAUUAAACUUCCAAAUAAACGCUGAAGCCAGAACGGUUGUGACCGUUGCUGAAAACUCUAGCGUGCGCAUGCGCUGUGAAGCUGAGGGGAGGCCAUCACCUCACAUGACGAUUGUCAGUGUUUCGAACGACAAGCGAGAGGUCGCUAGCAGGCCUCGAGGUGCAGUUCAAAGUCCUGAUCAAAGAGUAGAGUUAACAUAUGACUUGACUGCAGCACCUUGCGAGGCGGCAGGUGACUACAGGUGUGAGGUGGACAACGGAGUUGGACAAGAAAGUCGUAACAUUAGGCUUUACGUUGAGUGUGCUCCUAGGAUAAACAAUGGCGAAAGACAGCCUGCAAUUCUAAGUUUUGAUGUGAACCAAGGCCUUUUCAGUUUUCAACUGACAGCAUACCCAACACCUAAAGUCAAGAAAAUACUCUACCUUGGGCAAUACACUAACGAGAGCACCGAAGGGACAUCAGUCUCGGAUAAAAUUUAUGUCAAUUGUAAGGGGAACAGCUCUUUACCUGCCUCAGUCAUCUGCAACAUCACCACCAUCAACAUGACAAACGCUGAUGAAGGGUUCUAUAAAGUUAUUUUUAGCAAUGAAUUUGGAGAGCUGCCUGUUAUGUUUGUAGUCAGAAGUAAAGAGGACCGAGGCAUCAACGUAAAAGUCAUCAUUGGUGCAGCUGUUGGGACUGCUGCUGUGCUUGUUGUUAUUAUUAUUGUCACAGUCUGUAUAGCCAGGCAUUGCAGAGUUAAGAAAAGUUUGAGCAGACAUGCAGAGGCUAACACAAGGCAGGCUCUAGAAACAACAGUGCCUUUGGAGAACAUGAAAUCCAGUGGAGCAACAAAUAAUUAUUAUGGCCAAAAUGCUAGAAGCGAAGUAAUGAACAUGCCUCAAGCGAAAGACAUUAUGACAGAGGACCUGUAUGUCAACACUGCUGAGCUUGCUCGGGAAGAAUACGACUCGGAUCACGAGUACAGCGACGUCGACGACAUUGAUAGCCUCACACCCUUCGGUUUCUGCUCAGUGUCAGCUUUCCAGCCACACUCUUCUCACAACCUCUUCGUCCCGCAAGACAUCACAGCAAGCAUGAUGAUCAGCUCAGUCCUCAGUGUCUGUGUGAUGUUUACUCUUCUACUACAAGGUUUGAAUGCACAGCUGCAAGUCCGGCUUGUGAAUGGAACUGCCCCGUGGAAUGGCGGCCUUGAGGUGUUGUACAGAGGAACAUGGCGCAGAGUGUGUGACCGUAGGUUUAGAAAACAAGAGGCACAGGUGGUCUGCAGGAUGCUGGGCUUCAACACGCCGCACGUUUAUCCCUCGUACCUAGUUGUGUACAGUACGAGCAACAACGAUAUCAGGUUUGCUGACCUGAGGUGUACAGGCGAGGAGACCAGCUUAGAGAAGUGUAGUCAUACAGGGAUUAGCAGUGACACCUGGUGCCGCAAUGUCGUUGCUAUCACCUGUAACUCACAAAACAUACAGGUGAGAUUGGACGGCAUCUCACCUAACAGAGGUCAUGUAGAGAUAGACAUCGGAGUUGGUCGUUGGGGGAGAGUGUGUGUGACAUCUAAUAUCACUGCCAGGGUCGUCUGUAGACAGCUCGGCUUACCAUGGCUUGGUGCGAGGACGUUUUUAGAGAUCGUGGGUUGGUUCCAAAGUGAUUUCCCAUCUUGCCUUGGGAAUGAGACUAGCAUCACUGAGUGUCAAUAUGAGAAGUCUAGUGACGGAGUCUGCUGGUCUCACAUCAUCACUUGCAUUGACUAUCUUGUCAACAUCCAUGCAAACAGUAGCAGAUAUCCUUUAAUGGAGGAAACCAGUGCUACUUUAAAGUGUGCGAGCAAUAAAGAGUCUGGUGUAAUAAAUUACACGUGGCCAGAAAAUGCAGGCGGGUUCCCUGAUGGCAGUAGCCUGAUCAUCACUACAGUGACCAGGGAACAUCAUGGAAACCGAGUGAGGUGUGAGGUGAUCUACAGUGAUGGUGAAUGA